AUGCGCUUCAUGAUCUAUGCAUCGAAUCCAACAAGAGAGAUCGCAGACGACGCAUCGUUCGCGGUCGACCACGUUGGCUACGAGGGCAUUGACUGGAACCGAGUGUCGGGCUACUCUAUUAGCAAGCGUCGGAAAAGGCCGCGAACGAGCUGGAUAUGGGAGCAUGGAUACGACAUUGAGAAAGACAGCUCUGGUCAUCGAUUUUGGCUGUUUACUCACCACAUCAACAAGGACGGGCCGAUGCCAGCUCAGAGAAAGAAACAACGCACUUUGCUCGACAUGAUUGACCUGGAUUCCCACCAGCCUAGGGAACAAGCUCUGAUGAAUGCUUUCGUCGCGUCCUUUGAACCUAUUCGCUUUCAGCAGCUGCUCAUCCGCUGGGUGACUUGCGAUAACAUCCCAUUUCACAAGCUUGAAAGUCCUACAAUCCGCCAAUGGAUUGUACGGUCGUUCGAUCGGCAUAAAGGCGUCGUGACAGAAUUGCUCAGUCGCUCGCUUAGCCGCAUCAACGUGUCUUUUGAUGCAUGGUCCUCUCGUAAAUUCACGUCCCUACUCGGACUUACCGUCCAUUUUCUCGAUGACGAAGGCAGGUUUCGAACGUUUCUCCUCGGCCUGCCUCGGAUCGAGGGUCGCCACAGCGGUGAGAACCUUGCCGACCGAGUGAGCGAGAUAAUCCACGAGUACGGCUUUGAGAGCCGCGUGGGAUACUUCGUGACGGACAACGCGGAAAGCAACGACACCUGCCUCGGGCACCUCAGCUCCGAGAUAGGAUUUAGGAAGCAGCAUCGGCGACUUCGCUGCUGUGGGCAUAUCAUCAAUCUUGUCGCCCGAUCCAUCCUUUUUGGAACAGACGUCGACGCCUUUGAGGAAGAUUGUCAAGCUGAGAAAGAGAUCCAGGAUGACAUGAAGCUUUGGAGGUGCAAAGGUCCCAUAGGAAAACUCCACAAUAUCGUCCAUUGGGUGCAAAGGUCUGGUCAGCGCAUUGAGAAGCUUCACAAACUGCAGUCCAUCGAGAACAUUGCCCUGAACCUCGAGGAUCAAACGACCUACGAUGUUAUCGUGGACAACGCGACUCGUUGGAACUCAUCCGAAGCCAUGAUGGAGCGGGGUUACCAGCUCCGAAAUGCACUUGACUCACUUGUGCAAGCAGAAGUGACAGAGAGGAGCCGAAAGAAGCCCGCGAUUAUCGACGAUAGAAUGUCUGUCGAAGACUGGUCAGUGAUUGCAGAGUAUCUCGCCAUACUGAAACCAUUGAAGAUAGCCACCAAACGAUUGGAAGGCCGACCCAAAGAAGGUAAGUUUGGUGCAGUUUGGGAGGUUCUGCUUACGAUGGAGUGGCUUUUGAAACAUCUGGAAGACUCGAAACUUCGACAUGAGCGUGAUGAGGAGCCGUUCCUCCGUAUUGGCUGUAAUCUUGGGUGGAUGAAACUGGAUCAGUACUAUGCCCUCACCGAGGAUAGUCCAGCGUAUCUGGCGGCUCUCGUCCUUCAUCCCGCGUUUCGAUGGUCAACUGUCGAAUCGCAGUGGGCCGAGCAUCCGGAUUGGUUGGAUAGAGUUUCGCGGAAGACAACGGAUCUGGAUGACUUCAUGGCCUCAAUCAGGAAGCUCAGUACCCAGCCUGCCCCGUCAGCGUCUGCCAUGCGGAACGAGUAUGCGGAGUGGACGUCAGUACCCGCGCUUGUCGCGGAUGGCAAUUGA